AUGCGCGUUGUGCAGAAGCGUGCGGCGCUCUUGUCCGACUUUGAAGUAUAUACACUCUUGCGCGAAGCCGAGCAGAAACAGCGCGCAGAUUCGAGUGCGCGGCGUAGUGACCGCGCGGGCGACUGGACGGAAGAGACAAUUCCACCGAAUGUGCGGACGGUGCAGUUCGAGACGAUCGCCUCGCUUUCGCAGCAAUACCGUCCAUGCAGGACGCAGAGUGUUGAAGCGAUCCGUGGGUUUUUGGAUACAUUGGCGGAGCAAGGGUUUGUCCCGCCGGAUGCGCGCAUCCUGCGUGGCGAACGCGGCUUGACCAAGGGGGAACGACUCCAGCUAGUCAAUCACGCGCCGACGAGCGUCGUGGAGCUACAUACCCUUGUUGAGGAGUUGGGAGAGCGAUUCAGCGACGCACAAAUUGAGCAGAUCUUGGCGCUGGUACGCCACUAUUUCCCACCGCCCGCGCCAACCUCAAACUUCGUAGCCAAGCAGGACGGCGUACAGGACAACGUGCAGGACGGCGUGCAGGACACACUUAUACAAGACACAGCGAUACCCGCCCAAACUGCACCUCUGGACGAAACGCAGGCAUACAUGGACGAGGAUGCAUUCCCGGAGGAACAUUUUGAGCACGAGGCGCCGGGCGCGGCGCAGGACGAUGGUGAGGAGCACGAGGAUAUAUAG